AUGGAGUACACACUAUACCUCACCGCAGAGAGGUCGGUGGUGAGAGAAUCAUUAAAGGGCGUAAUAUGGACCAUCUUCUUUAACCGGCUCUUUGGGCCAAUAACACCCACCACAAACGAGUUUCUCAGCGUGACGUACAGCAUGGCAGAAAACUUGCCCGAAUUGGACACCUUGAUCGACGAGAAAGUCAACCAGCUCAUCAAGCUCCAGUUUGACACCUCCAACCAAGGGGUGAGCCAUGGCCAUGUAAUCGUGCAGUUUCUAGACAAAAAGGCAGGCAAGAGCAAGCGAACGGGGUGGUUCGGAAAGUCUGAAACCUCAGACGACUUGAAGCUCUGGGAGUCCUGGAUCGUGUCGGUGGAGUGCCUCCCCAUGGCCACCUCGGACCAUGGAGGCGAUGGAGGUCCAUGCUUGAACCCACAAGAUAAGAAUAGAAACAUCGAGGUGUCUAUCCAAAGCUUUGAGGAGAACCUCCACAAGAUAUUCACCAUUGUGGACUCGCACAAGGACCACAUACCGCCCAUAACGUCCCUUGAGAGUCUGCCCUUUCCUUACACCAUCGACGUGGAGCGUAACUUGUCCAAGUUGAACUACGCCACCGAGGGAAACGACAGCUGGGGCGGGUACAUCAAGAAGAUGCUCGAUUGA